UCUAAUCCACCAGCUCCUCGCCCUUACUGCCCGCAGCCUCGGUGCCCCGGCAGCCAGACCGCGCGCCCUACCCGCCACCAGCCGGUGCCCACUCGCCCUCACCCAUGGGGAACAGCAGAAGCGGGGCGCUGUCCAAGGAGAUCCUAGAGGAGCUUCAGGGGAACACCAAGUUCACAGAGGAGGAGCUGGCCACCUGGUACCAGUCGUUUCUGAAGGAGUGCCCCAACGGCCGCAUCAGCCGGCAGCAGUUCGAGAGCAUCUACUCCAAGUUCUUCCCAGACUCGGACCCCAAGGCCUACGCGCAGCACGUGUUCCGAAGUUUUGACGCCAACAAUGAUGGCACCCUGGACUUCAAGGAGUAUGUCAUCGCCCUGCACAUGACCACCGCGGGCAAGACCAACCAGAAGCUGGAGUGGGCCUUCUCCCUGUACGACGUGGACGGCAACGGGGCCAUCAGCAAGAAUGAAGUGCUGGAGAUCGUCAUGGCUAUUUUCAAAAUGAUCAACCCCGAAGAUGUGAAGCACCUUCCAGAUGAUGAAAACACACCAGAGAAGCGAGCAGAGAAGAUCUGGACAUUCUUUGGAAAGAAAGAUGAUGAUAAACUUUCAGAAGAGGAGUUCAUUGAGGGGACCCUGGCCAAUAAGGAAAUUCUGCGACUGAUUCAGUUUGAGCCUCAAAAAGUAAAGGAGAGGAUAAAAGAAAAGAGGCAGUGAUGCCAUCCGCUCAGCCCUGCCCUCCUCUCAUUGCCCACCUCGACACCUCUGAGUGUGCGCACACACCCUCCCACACAUAUACGUGUGCACACACACGCACGCAUGCACACCCAAGGCCGAGGCAGAGGCCUUCAGACCUCCAGCCGGGCUGCAGCACCGUCAGCUGUCCAGCAGCCCCUUCUCCUCCUGUCUUCCCUCCUCCUUCCCCGCCUGCAGUGGCCGCGUGAUAAUCCCACGAUUAAGUGACAGGACUCCCGAAUGCUAGCCCUGCCUAAGCUCCUUUGUGAAUUGCUGAGUAAGUGGAUUCCAAUAAAUUCCAGAGGAACUGGA